GGCUGCCAAAUGCAAAUCUAUCCAUCUUGUGUGGUCCACGGGGCAUACUUUAGGCCAAUCAAUAUUAAUCUGUGAAUUGUUCACAGUCCCUAUGAAACUGCAACUUCUGUCAUAAAAAUCAGUUCCAUUGCAGAUUGCCCAUAAGCUUCUGAAGUUUCCCACCAAUUCUCUUUCAAAGCUGAAGAGAAUGGCAACCAUUACUGCUAGCACUCCAACCUCAUCAAUCACGAGGGCAAGUCUGGUGCACAAGCCAUCUGUUGGGGCUCCAUCCGCAACUGUGUUGGCUUUGCCAUCACUUGCAAGGAAGGGGAAAGUGAGUUGUUCCAUGGAGGGAAAGAAGGAGAGCAGCAACUCAAAGAUGGGCAAGGGUGCAUCUUUGGCUGCAGCAGCUAUGGCUGCAACCAUGUCAAGCCCAGCCAUGGCUUUGGUGGAUGACAGAUUGAGCACAGAAGGAACAGGGCUUCCCUUUGGCUUGAGCAACAACAUUCUUGGCUGGAUCCUCUUUGGUGUGUUUGGCCUCAUCUGGACCUUUUACUUCAUCUACACUUCCUCUCUGGAAGAGGAUGAAGAGUCAGGAUUGUCCCUCUGAGCCAAACCCCAUUGUUCCUCUGUGGAGGAAUGUAAAAAUUUCUAGUUCUAGGAGUUUGGCUGCUGUUUCUGUUUCGUAGUAAACCAUCCCUUUGCGGAUCAAACUUGUCUACUUAUUAUCAACUGUGUUCAGUCUCUUCUUCAAAUAUCACUGCUUAGUUGAUGCUUUUACUUCA